AUGGGAAAGAAGAAAGAAAAGAAUUCAGAACCACGUUUGAUACAACAUAGAGAAAUAUAUCAACGAAUGAAUUUUCUUUAUCAAGCAGCAACAUUAAUGACAACAAUAAGUGCAAAUAUAACACAACCAUCACCAAUACUACCUACAACUUCCACGUCUCAACAACCUUCCCUAUUAUAUUCUUUCUCAGAUCAAGAGCAAGAAUUACAACAAGGACAAUCUAAAAUAAUAAAAAGUAAUGCAACGACUAACAAAACUAACUUGGACAAUACGAAAAAUUUAGCUUCGUUAGGUAGAUUUUAUAUAAAUACCAUGAAAACGAUUGGUACGAAACAAGUUUUACGUAUAGAUCCUUCAAUAAAACGUACAAUUUGUAAAAGAUGUGAAACAAUUCUGUUACCUGGAGUAACAUCUAAAGUUCGAAUUAAAUCUCGUCCUGAACCUCACCUUCAAGUUAUGUGUACUGAAUGUAAUACUUCAAAAAAUUAUUCUGCUCGCAAAGGUUAUCAAUUAUUUUCUGAAAAACCCGAAAAUAUCUUCGGAUCAAAUGAAACAUCAUCAGGAGAAAAUGAUGAAGUUACACAACAACCACCUCAUCAUCAGAAAAGAAAUAAAUCAAAACAAAAAAAAAGUUAUAGUUCAGAGUCAAAAGAAAAAAUAAAUAAAUAA